GACAUUUACCUUCACAAAAUUUUCUUAUUUUUCUCUCAAAUUAACGUGAGAGAUGGACUACUGGUGGAUUGAAAUUAAAAGUGAGAUAGAAUAUGCGCAAAUCUUCAAACCACUAAGUCUGUUGAGUCGGAUUCGAAACAGACCCUGACACACGGAGGGGAAGAAAGAGAUUUGAGAGAAUAGGAGAGAAAGAUAGAAAUUGGGAUGGGAAGAGCAUUUGUUUAUGUGAUUCUUGGCGGAGGCGUCGCUGCUGGUUAUGCAGCUCUUGAAUUCUCGAGGAGAGGAAUUUCUCGUGGUGAACUCUGUAUCAUCUCCGAAGAACCAGUUGCGCCUUAUGAAAGACCUGCUUUAAGCAAAGGAUUUUUACUUCCAGAAGCUCCUGCACGUCUCCCAUCUUUUCACACUUGUGUGGGAGCAAAUGAGGAGAGAUUGACUCCAAAAUGGUAUAAGGAGCAUGGAAUUGAGCUAGUUCUUGGAACUCGAGUUAAGUCUGCUGAUGUGAAGCGGAAGACAUUGCUAACAGCCACUGGAGAAACCAUAAGUUACAAGAUUCUUAUCAUUGCAACUGGUGCUCGGGCCUUGAAGCUUGAGGAAUUUGGAGUGAAUGGAUUAGAUGCUGAAAAUAUUUGUUAUUUACGCGAUCUAGCCGAUGCAACUAGGCUUGUUGGUGUGAUGCAAUCUUGCGCUGAAAAGAAUGCUGUUGUCAUUGGUGGUGGAUAUAUAGGAAUGGAAUGUGCUGCUUCUCUAGUUAUAAAUAAAAUUAAUGUAACCAUGGUCUUCCCAGAGGCUCAUUGCAUGGCUCGUUUAUUCACUCCCAAGAUUUCAAGUUACUACGAGGAUUUCUACAAGUCUAAAGGAGUGAAGUUCAUUAAAGGCACUGUCCUGUCAUCAUUUGAAAAUGACUCCUCUGGAAAGGUAACAGCAGUUAUUCUUAGAGAUGGGACAAGGCUACCCGCAGAUAUGGUUGUGGUGGGGAUUGGAAUCCGCCCAAACACAGGUCUUUUUGAGGGUCAGAUAACUUUGGAGAAAGGAGGAAUCAAAGUAAACGGGCGGAUGCAAACAAGCAAUAACUCAGUCUACGCCAUUGGAGAUGUUGCAGCUUUCCCAGUCAAACUUUUUGGUGAGAUCCGAAGGCUUGAGCAUGUUGACUCAGCUCGGAAGUCGGCAAGACAUGCUGUUGCUGCAAUAAUGUCACCAGACAAGACUGGUGAUUUUGACUAUCUACCAUUCUUCUACUCCAGAGUCUUCACAUUGUCUUGGCAGUUCUAUGGGGACAAUGUAGGAGAGGUUGUACACUAUGGUGAUUUCUCUGCAGGAAUCUUUGGAGCUUACUGGAUCAAUAAGGGCCAAUUAGUCGGAGCUUUUCUUGAGGGUGGAACCAAAGAGGAGUAUGAAGCCAUAGCCAAGGCUACCAGGCUGAGACCCAUGGUAAAGGACAUGAUAGAGCUGGAAAGACAAGGUCUGGGUUUUGCACUGUCAAUUACUCAGCAACCAACACCGCCACAACCUGUUGAGAUCACCAGCUCAACGCUUGCUUUGGAGAAACCAAUGUAUGCGUGGCAUGCAACAGCUGGGGUUGUUUUGGCUGCCUCCAUUGCUGUGUUUGCAUACUGGUAUGGAAGGAGACGCCGGAGGUGGUGAAAGCUACAAUUGGCUUUCUAUGUACAGCUCUUAAUGUUAUUCAAUUCUGUAAUAUUCAUGUUGUAGCAUCCAUUUGGUAUAGAAGAUCGGAAACGCAUGAUAGUACUUCGUAAACAUUUCUUCUUCAUUAGAAAGUAUGACAUGAAUUUCAUCAUAAAGUUUUAUAAUUUACCAAAAAUUGAUAGUUAUAUAUCUACACCAUU